AUCAAACUCUCCCGCCCGGCCGUUCUCAACGACAAGGUGCAGCUGGCGUGCCUCCCCCCACGAGGAGAGGUGCUCCCCAACCAUGAUCCCUGCUACGUCACUGGCUGGGGCACGCUCUACACUGGAGGCCCCAUGCCUGACAUCCUUCAGCAGGCGCUUCUGCCAGUCGUGGACUAUGCACAUUGCUCCCAGCCGGACUGGUGGGGAUCCACGGUCAAGCAGAGCAUGGUGUGUGCCGGUGGGGACAUCAAAGCUGGAUGCAACGGUGACUCCGGGGGCCCCCUCAAUUGCCCAGCUGCUGACGGCCGGUGGUACGUUCACGGGGUGGCCAGCUUCGUCUCUGCCUGGGGUUGCAACACCCUGCAGAAGCCCACCGUCUUCACCC